AUGACAGUCAGUUCUAACCAGGGGCAAGGCGCCGCGAAUGCGUCGUUCGAGCGACUCGUGCGGUUCGUUCCCAAAUCGAACCCCGAAGCUGUUCUCAUUGGACAGCCCGUCGACAGUAAAAUCGAUGUUGGCCAGGCUGUUCGUGAUGGCGAAGAGGUCCUGGUGAAGACAUUCAGCGGCACGUCAGCUCUGAACCCGGGAUCAUUGACCGACAAGACGGAGGCUAUCUCAAAAAUUCUGUCACCCGUUUCGGCAUCGGAGGCAGGGGCAAUCAGAUGUAUCGGCUUGAACUAUCUGAACCACGCCAAAGAGGCCAACAUGGCCGUGCCAGAGAUCCCGAUGAUGUUCAUGAAGCCUGCUACUGCUCUUGCGGACCCUUGGCCUCAGCCAACCAUCAUCCCCAAGCAUACGCUUGCCGAUGACUGCGCAGACUAUGAAUCGGAGCUAGCGAUCGUGAUUGGCAAGACGUGCAAGAAUGUAAGCGAAGCCGACGCUUUGAGCUACGUGCUAGGCUACACGGCAGCGAACGACGUGUCAAGCAGAAAGAGUCAGCUGGCGCAGUCGCAAGCGUGCUAUUCGAAGGGAUUCGAUGGCUCUUGCCCUCUCGGACCCGUUCUCGUGUCCCCAUCGCUUGUUGCUGAUCCUAGCACGUUCACCAUUAAAGGUUCGAAGAACGGCGAGGUUAUGCAGAAGUCUAAGCUGAGUGAUAUGAUCUUCAACUGUUCAAAGCUCAUUAGCUUCUUGUCGCAAGGCACUACACUUUUGCCAGGCACAGUUAUCAUUACUGGAACCCCGGCUGGCGUGGGCUUUGGCAAGCACCCUCCUGCUUACUUGCACGAAGGCGAUGAAUUCGUUGUGCAACUAACACCGCACGUUGGAAGCUUAUACUCAGUAUUUCAGAACGAGCAGUAA